AUGGAAGGUUUGCAAAAUCUAACCUAGCUUUAACUAUCUGACUCUCGCUUUUCUAUUAUAAAUUUCUCAGCAAUGCUGGUAGACCAUUUCCACAUUGAGUAAGAUUUGCUCGACAAUCAGCCUUGAAAUCGAAUUUUGAAACUCCGCAUAUAACAAUAUAGAUUGUUUGUUUUAUAGAUCUCAUUCGAUUUUAUUUCAGGUCAUUCUGGAAUUCGGUUUGAUGAUGCUACUCUUGAAGCAACCCCUGGUUUUAGUACACUAUUAGAAAUGGUCAAAAAAAUUUGCUCUUUCUCUUGCUGUCUGAACGAGUGUUGUACCAUACUUGAAACAUUACUUCGUAUUUUCCAGCCAGAGAACCUCACGCAACAGUUUACUCAAUUACAGAUAGAUCGGUAAAACAACUCAGCUACCUUUACCUUGAAGCCACCGACUAUCCAAAAUCAAUUGAGUACGCCCAGAAGCUUCUAAAUUUGGCCGACAAGUUGAACGUUCAGAAUUUUAGAGCGGAUGCCGAUUACUUACUUGGUACAAACUACGGCCAUCAGAACUCGUUCGAGAAAGCGCUGUCGCACUUAGACGCAUAUGAGCUACACUGCCAUGAGACCGCGGACAAGUUGGGUGAAGCCAACAUAUCAUUGACGCGGUCCCAAAUUGCUCGUGAACGUAACGAAGAUGAAGCGUCUUUGCGGUAUGCAAAGGAUUUUCUGUUGAAAGCAAAGUCAGCAAAUGAUGAAAUACUUGAAAUUAAGGCCCUCAUUAAUCUUGGUGAUGCGCAUAUGCGCCUUUUUAACGUACAACAGAGCUUGCACUUUUUUGACAAAUGUUUGCAAUUAGCUAAAAAAAUUGGUCAUGCUAAAAUAGAGACGGAAAGUAAGUCUCGAACGGCGACUGCAUAUCUACUGUUAGGAGAAAACAAGAAAGCGUAUGAUAUGUUCAUGGAAUGCCUUGCGUUCCUUGAAACUGAUCACACGAAUAAAGAUUUAGAAUCCACGGUGUUGAACAACAUUAGUUAUGCGGCGCUUCAUUUGAUCGAGAAGUAUGACGGUAACGAAGCCUUCCAGCUGAAGAAAAAGGCCUUGGUAUUUAUCCAGAGAUGUCUAUCGAUUGCCGAAUCUAUUAAUAGUCCCAAAAGUGUUGCCCUCGCUCAUUUAAAUAUGGGUUUGGUGUUUAUGGAAAGUUACGGAGAUUAUGACAACGCUACCGAACACUUUCACGAAGGUUUAAGAAUCGGAGUGGAAUUAAAAAGCGCCAGAAUUAUUCAUAACGGCUACUGUUGCCUCGGUAGGUUAUUCGAAGCUAAAGGAGAAAGACGUAUGGCGAAGGAGUAUUUCACGAAAGCUCUUAAAUCAGAAGACCCACCUUGUACUCACUGGGGUGAGGCAGAUAAGCUGCGAUUCAGCCCAGACUACUUGCUGGCAUUACAGCACAUGCGCGGGAAAGAGUGGAAAGAUGCUGCAAAAUGCCUACAAAGAGUGAUUCAAAGAUGCAAACGCCAAGGCAAGAGUGUCAAGGACAGCCUUCUCAAAAUAUCCUUCAACAACAAGCUGACAAAACCAUACCAGUACCUACAGUAUGCUUAUCUAGAAAUGGAGGCCCCAAAAGACGCUUUAGUCAUUGGUGAAGAAGGAAGAGCUCGAGAUUUUUACGACAAACUUGUCGACAGAAACGAGAAUGCUGUUGAAUCGGAACCCAACCUGGACCUGUUAAAGAUCUCUAAGGUGCACAAUACAGCCGUGUUAUUUUUAUCUCAGCUGACUGUCGUAAGUCGAGUGUAUUGUUGGUUUAUCGGAAACGAUGGCCGAAUAGUUGAUGUAUUUUGGGUGUCACAAGACGACUGGAAACCUUUGAACACUAAACUGUGUGUUACUAUGCAUAAAUUGGCAGUUAACUGGGAGAAUUCAGAGAGAUCCAUUGAGUACAGAGGAGUAGAGCCGUUGGAAGAUAACGACGUAGAUUCUUCUCCAAAGUAUUUACAAAGCGUUACCGAACAUACGGAGUCAUCAAUGGAGGACGCGCUUGACAAGGGUGUCCUGGAUCCAAAUCCUAGCUCAAAAUAUUUGUCCGGCCCAUCUCUGGAAGAAAAAAGCAGUCGAAGUAUAAUAGGAACGAAUGAAUCGAUUACCACACCAAAACAUAGCCCAGUACCUGGAACGCAACCACGUUUUUCGUCUAAGACAGCAACGAGUUCAAAGAAAGCUUUAAGAAAUCUAAUCGAAGAGUUAUCGGAUAUUACCAAUAAAAUAAGGUAAAUCGUUUUCAAGUGAAACGUUGGGAAAAAUGGAUGUGCAUGGUUCUAGACUAUAGCUUCAAACAUACAAGCUAAAAUAACUAAUAACCAUGACCAGCCGAUAAUUUAAAAAAACGAAGUCAAAAACAAAUUCCGAAAAAACAAGACAUGCAACAUAUGAUUCAAAACAAGACGCAGGUUGAGACUGUAAAUAUGACUUUAUUUCAAAGUCAUGCUCAGACAGAAUCGAAUGAAAUAGAAUACUUUACAACACACGCACACACACACAUAUGUGAUAAAACACGACUACAAGUGCUUUAAAUGGCUUAAAAAACGACUACAUUCAGUAUUCAUUUGCUUCUACAUUCAGUAUAUAUUUCAUAAAUUUCCAGUCUUAAAUGCGUCUGACCGUGUAGCUCAGUUGGUAGAGCGUCGAUCUAGUAAUUCUAAGGUUGCGGGUUCAAGACCCAGCCGCGGCAGACUUUAUAUAUCUUUCUGCUUACGCUGGGUAUGGAAAUUAUAUAUAAUACACACUCGAGAACAUUUUUCACCUUAACAUAUAUAUAUAUAUAUAUAUAUAUAUAUAUAUAUAUAUAUAUAUAUAUAUAUAUAUAUAUAUAUAUAUAUAUAUAUAUAUAUAUAUAUGUUAAGGUGAAAAAUGUUCUCGAGCAUCCCAGUAUAUAUAUAUAUAUAUAUAUAUACUGGGAUGCUAUUGCCCACCGAUUAAGUUCACAUUUUGGAAUUUAAAACCUUAGGCCUAAAUCUAAAUCGUUUUUAAAAUCCGAACUGCAAACUUGUAACGGGUACGUCGACUACCGGUUCGCGGUUUGCCGUAAUAAUGGCGAACGUCAAUCUAAAACUCUCUAAUGUCCCCCAGCCAAAGGCGCGGAGCGCCGUUCCGGGGCACGGCCUGAGCGAGAGUACUAAUUCCGCCUGGCUAUUUACACCCGGGGAAACGAAUGCAUUAGCGAAGUCUAAAGUUCAUCAACGAUCGCGGGCGUGAGCAACGGUGUUGAGUGUGUGGUUAUCCUUGAUCUGAAGAUAUGGCUGUUUGCCAGGAGUGAAGAUUAAGGCAAAAAAUAUUAAAAAAUACAUGUAAGAAAGCUUGGAAAAUUGUUUCACUUAACAAAUUGUAAAACUUUUUUCCAAUUUUUAAACGUAAACAUUUAAUGUAAGAAUUGAUAUUGUAUGAGAAAUCCCAAAGUAAAAGGCAAGUUUGUUUCAAUUGUUUAAGUAUGACUUUGUAUUUAAUCAUAUAUACUUUGUUCUUGAUGUUCAAGUAUUUCCUAUGCAUUGUUUGCGAAAGUUUCUUAUUAACUGAUAAACUUUUGUAGAAGUUCAUGAUAAAAAGUAAAGCAAAUUAUUUUCAUUAGCGUCCUGUACGAAUUAAAUUUGUUUCAUUUCGAAGUGCGAGUAAUAAGUUGAAGCUCGAGUUGAGAAGUUUUUAAAUAUCGGCAAAAAGCAGUUUCAAUUCACAUUUAAAAACGUUUUACGUACAGUUUCGUUUCCAAUAGAAACUCAAAUAAUAUAAAGUUUCUGAAACGUUCUCUGAUCGUAAUUUUUUAUUUACUGUAGUCGAGGACCUGUAUAUGAGUUUGUAUGCAUUUCAUUUAGGACAGAUAAUCUCAACUGUUUUAGCGUAAGUUGACCAUGACGGUCAACAUGGUAACGCUGCCCGAACCCCAAUCCAGGACGAAACGUCCGAAACUGACCACACCCAAAAACGACGCUUUGGCUAUAGUGCUAUCUACCAAACCAUACAAGCUUUGGCUAUUCUGAAGUGCUUAUAUGGUUCAGAGAUGGUGCUUUUAGGGGUGGUCAUUGGUAAGUGUGAAAUGCCUAGCACUGUUAUUUCACAAGAAAAUUACCAUGAAAUAGUCAUAGUCAAACGUCAAUUUGUGGCUUACAACUUCAGAUAAACAGCAGUGGACCUACAUUACCUUUCUUCAUAAAUCUUUUUGGUAGAAACAUAAUUGGUGCUUAUUUAAUUAUAUUAUCACUGUUGUGGUGUAAAAUGGUUAAUAUUUUGUGACCAAAAUAAUAAUUUCAAAUGUGCCUAUCUCCUGCAAUGUGCCUAUCUCCUGUUGUGGCUUACAACUUCAGAUAAACAGCAGUGGACCUACAUUACCUUUCUUCAUAAAUCUUUUUGGUAGAAACAUAAUUGGUGCUUAUUUAAUUAUAUUAUCACUGUUGUGGUGUAAAAUGGUUAAUAUUUUGUGACCAAAAUAAUAAUUUCAAAUGUGCCUAUCUCCUGCAAAUGGACGUAUUUGGCCAAAUUCUCCGCUUUACUCCGCUGUUUAUCGCAGAUCUCGUUGAAAUACUUCCAAAUAUGCAAUUCAGCUCAAAUAUAACGGUAUCAAGCACGUUUUAAACAAGUUUUAACUGGGUUUCAAGUACAUCCUACAUGUUUAACCAUCGACAAGGUAAAAUCUCAACUUUGUCCAAAUUCGGCGCCAUUUUGUCAUCCCGUUCGGUUGUGCACAUUUCGGCCUCGUUCUUCUUCCAUCGAAGCCUUACAAGAAGUGAUAAUGACAAAUUUAACCCUUUGUUAAGUGUAUUAAAAUAAAAAUACAAUAAAAAAGGCGAAAUGCAGUAUUUUAUCACCCUGUAAGAUGUUGCUUACGAGUCUUUCAAAACAUUCCGUACAAAUCUCGCGUGGCAAAGUAACAGGCACCUGACAGGAGGGUGGAGACUUCAAAAAUAAAAGCAAAGGCAAGCAGAACGCAGUGUAAUGUAAUAAUGAUAAAACCAACAAUCAACAUUUAAUUUGUAUUUUCGUAUUACAGGUAAUAGUAUGUAUUUAUUUCUCGCUACAAGAAAUAAAACAAACGCUUGUAUGAUUGUAUUUAGUUUUUGUUUAUUUCACGCAGCCUUCGUGAAAAAAAUCAUUAAACAGGUAGGAUGUAUUUGAAACCCAGUUAAAACUUGUUUAAAAUGUGCUUGAUACCGUUAUGUUUGAGCUGAAUUGCAUAUUUGGAAGGAUUUCAACCAGAACUGCGAUAAACAGCGGAGUAAAGUGGAGAAUUUGGCCAAAUACGUCCAUUUGCAGGAGGUAGGCACAUUUGAAAUUAUUAUUUUGGUUACAAAAUAUUAGCCAUUUUACACCAAAACAGUGAUCCCCAAACCGACGGCGCGAAGCGCCGUGUGAGGGUACUAAUUCCCCCCGGCUAUUUACACCCGGGGAAGAGAAGCAUUAGCGAAGUCUAAAGUUUAUCAAACAUCGUGGGCGUGGGUCACUGUGCGUGUUUCGGCGGGUGGUCAUCCUCACUGAUCUCAUAAUAUAGCGGAUUGUAAUGAAUAGCCAACACUGAUUGGUCCAAUUUAAAAUUGGCAUUAUAACGGCUGCAUGACGAUUGACGACAGCGAAAAUGAUUUGAUGAUUUCUCAUUUCUUGCAAAUAUAUUUCAUUUUUGCAAGAUUUUGUAAAUUGCAAAGGAUUUUUGAUGAAAUAAAGGUAAGAGGAUUGCUAAAAGAAGGAAGUAAAAGUGCCGACGUUAACGAAGGUAAGUUUGUUUUAAAUAUUGAUGCAUUGUUUGCUUUUAAUAUACUGUAAUCUCGGCUGUAUUUACUUUAAAAGCCGAUCGUUGCGUAUAUAAAAUAUGAAACAAGACAGCGUAUUAUUUCAGUGUUUCUUUAUUGAUUACACUUUUUAUUAUACUAAGCAAAGUUAUUUACAUGGGAGAAUUUGGAAUCAUUUUAUUUCGAACUCAAAGUUUAUCGAUAAAGGCAGUUUAGUUCUAUAUUAAAAGAACACUUUCAAACGUUUUGCGAAGCGUUUGUAGUUGAAUUUUACCUUAAAUUGAAGCUUAUAUUACGUAUAAUAACAUACCUACUGUAAUUACUUUAAAAGCCGAUCGUUGUGUAUAAAUAUGAAACAAGACAGCGUAUUAUUUCAGUGUUUCUUUAUUGAUUACACUUUUUAUUAUACUAAGCAAAGUUAUUUGCAUGGGAGAAUUUGGAAUCAUUUUAUUUCGAACGAUAAAGGCAGUUUAGUUCUAUAGUAAAAGAACAUUUUAAAACGUUUUGCGAAGCGUUUGUGGUUGAAUUUUACUUUAAAUUCAAGCUUAUAUUACGUAUAAUAACAUACCUAACAUAUAUAUGUUUAGGAAAUGGAUAAUUUUGUAAUUAAAAGUGAUAUUUAUAGGGGAUUUUUCAUUUGUAAAAAUAUUCUUAAAAAAUUAUCGUGUUACCAUGACAACUACUUAAAAUACUUCACGUUCGGAAAAUAAAAUGGUUUUGUCAGCAAGACGAGGGUUUCUGCAUGCAUGUAUUUUCUAGUAAUAUAAUUAAAUAAGCACCAAUUAUGUUUCUAUAAAAAAGAUAAAAAAGGUAAUAUAGGUUCACUGCUGUUUAUCUGAAGUUGAAAGCCACAAAUUGACGUUUGACUAUGAGUAUAAUUGCAUGGUCAUUUUCUUGUGAAAUAUCAGUGCUAGGCAUUUUGCACUUACCAAUGACCACCCCUUAAAGCGCCAUCUCUGAACCAUUGAGCACUUCAGAAUAGCCAAAGCUUGUAUGGUUUGGUAGAUAGCACUAUAGCGAAAGCGUCGUUUUUGUGUGUGGUCGGUUUCGGGCUUUUCGUCCUGGAUUUGGGUUCGGGCAGCGUUACCAUGUUGACCGUCAUGGUCAACUUACUCUAAAACAGUUGAGAUUAUCUGUCCUAAAUGAAAUGCAUACAAACUCAUAUACAGGUCCUAGACUACUGCUAGUCUGCAGUCUUCGACAGUGAUACUAAAUCAUAUAAACUAUUCUACGGAUGUGACUACAAGGACAGUGGUUUACAAUUACAACUAUAAUAACAAUGCAAUAAACAAUGAGUAUUGAAUACAAAAGAAGAGAAACUCCAAAAAUCGAUAACAUUUUUAUUUAUCAAAAAUAUUUUAUUAUUUUUUUAUUAUUUUUUUGAUAAAUAAAAAUAUUAUCGAUGUUUGGAGUUUCUCUUGUUUUGUAUUUUAUUAAAAUACUCAGUGGUUCUAAAAAUGAGCAUUGCAUGUCAUUAUAGUUGUAAUUGUAAUUGUAAACCACUGUCCUUGUAGUUACAUCCGUAGAAUAGUUUAUAUGAUUUAAUAUCACUUUACCUGUCGAAGACUGUAGUCUUCACUUUACCUGUCGAAGACUGUAGUCUUUAAAUAAAAAUUUACGAUCAGAGAACGUUUCAGAAACUUUAUUAUGAAUCCUGGUCGCGCAUCUAGCAUUUUUAAUAAAAUAAUAUACCUACAUUAUAUAUUUUAGAAAUUGAUGGUUCUGUAUUUAAAAGUGUUCAAAUUUCAUAUAUUUUUGCAGGUUUGUACAAAAAAUUAAAAAAUCAAUUAUCGUGUUGCCAUGAGUAACAUGAUGUGAGCAACGCUAGCCUACGUUCAGUGUUGGCGUAAUUACGAAUACUUCAUGUUGAAACAAUGUUUGGAAAAUUUAGGCGAGGGGGUAGUUGGGUGCAUAUAUUUCUAGUAAAGUAUUGUAUUUCAUUCUGUCUGAACAUGACUUUGAAAUAAAGUCGAAAUUUUACAGUCUCAACCUGCGUCUUGCUUUGAAUCAUAUAUUGCAUAUUCAAGAUGUCCUCUCUUUUUGGAAUUUGUGUUUUACUUUAAAAUAACUAAGGAACUCGCAUUUUGACAACGCAAUAGAUCCUUCUUGAACUUGUUUUGAAAUAGUUUCACUAUUUCAGGCUGCCUCUGACGUCAAUAUAUAUAUAUAUAUAUAUAUAUAUAUAUAUAUAUAUAUAUAUAUAUAUAUAUAUAUAUAUAUAUAUAUAUAUAUAUAUAUAUAUAUAUAUAUAUAUAGGCGAAUGUCAAUAAGUAGGCCUAUAUUGACAUUAUAGUGUCGAAUCAUACGAAUAGAGUGCUCGAUACGUAAGUAGAGCAAAUGAAAGACAAACUUGAGUUACUUCGUUUAAAACAUUUGUUCACGACAAAUUUGUUUCGUAUGGGAAACUAAGCUUGCCAAACUCAUCACAUCAAUGAUGAUAUCGCGCUAUUAUAUAAAACUUGAGCUAUUAUAUAAAAAUAUAAGGGUAAACCUAUGUCUGUAACCUGAGCUAUUGGCUGCUAAUCAGGAAUUUCUUCCUGUGCCUACAUGCGGAUAUUAGUUUGUUUCUUGAGUUCAAAGAGCUUAAUUUUGGAUAGUAAAUUAUAAUAAACUUUUCGUGCAGGCAUAAUUUACAACGUUUUGUUUUGUUUUGUUUUGUUUUGUUUUGUUUUGUUUUGUUUUGUUUUGUUUUGUUUUGUUUUGUUUUGUUUUGUUUUGUUUUGUUUUGUUUUGUUUUGUUUUGUUUUGUUUUGUUUUGUUUUGUUUUGUUUUGUUUUGCUUUGUUCUGUUUUGUUUUGUUUGAGUAGGCCUUAUAUUUCUUUAAAAUUUUCCAGCGGAUUGUAUAUUGGAUUGUAUCAACUGCCAAAUAUAUUUACUCAGUUCGGUUGAAUGUUUAUGUUCCGGGUUUCAAAUUCCUGCAAGCUAUUGAUGAAUGUUUCCCGCCAAACCAUCCACUACAUAAACAACGUGCACAAUAUCAUUACGGCGCACAACAGAACCGUACUCGAUUGCAAGCAGCCCAAGGCUACUAAAAAUCCCGAUAGGAAGUGCAAUUGCCGCCAGGAAAAAUCCUGCCCCCUCCCUGCCAAAUGUUUAACCGAAAGCGUUGUGUACCAGGACACAGUAACGAGAGAAGACAACCGCCAGAAAGAAACCUACGUUGGACACACAGCGGGCCCAUUUAAAGUUAGAUAUUAUAACACUGAGCUGUAUAAUAACUGGAGGACCUGCUCCUAUACUUCGUUCAGUCAACGAAGUGUCCGCAAAAACAUGUCGGAUUUUGAUUGAAAAUGACGCCAUUUCCAUGACUACUGGUCCCUAAAUUCAUCGUAAUUGCCACUGAACAAGGCUCAAAUAUGAGCCCGCCACAAUUUUCACCCCCUCCCCCCCUGGUUUUUAUAAAAAUAUUUCGGCUUUUUGCAGUGAAUACUUGUUGUUUUGAUAUUUUCGACAUAUUUUUUCGACUGUUAACCAUUUGUUCAAAGGUGUGGAAGCCGUCAGGGGCGGCGCUACAGCGGGGUGGGGGGGGAACACCCCCCACUCGUCAGCUAAUCGGCAAAUUGUUAUCUCAGUCGGCAAAACUGGAUUGGCCAAAGAUAACCACUGAAGAAACCAAAAUUGACCUCCUGAAUAAUUGAAUUCAAACCGAAUAUCACGAAUAGCAUGCAUAAAAGAAACCAAACAUGCAGCAAUGCAAAUUCUUUCGAAUACAGUAUCUUCACUUCUUUCAGUCCAAAAACAUAAUAUUAUUGAAAUCAUAAUUACGUAAUUAAAUUUGGUUGGUUGUUGUCGUUGUCGUUGUCGUUGUCGUUGUCGUUGUCGUUGUCGUUGUCGUUGUCGUUGUCGUUGUCGUUGUCGUUGUCGUUGUCGUUGUCGUUGUUGUUGUUGUUGUUGUUGUUGUUGUUGUUGUUGUUGUUGUUGUUGUUGUUGCUGCUGCUGCUGUUGUUGUUGCUUAUUAUACUGUUCUAUAAAAGAGGCAAAAAUAGCGAAUUUUCUUGCACGAAGCGACCUUUUUCCUUUGUCGGUAUCACUUAUUACGUCAGCAAGACGUGGCAAAAUCAGUCCUCGAAAACGAGGUCGGCAUUCGGCAAUGCCGGGCUAAAUGCAAAUUUUUGCCGACCUUAAUUCAACCAAAGUAAGAAUUUUUUUGCUGCUGAUAGCUGUUAAAAUGUCAGCGAUUAUAGAAUUCGAUUCGUAGUUCGAUUAACUGAACACACUACGGUGUAAGGUUUAAAAACUGACGGGUAUUGUGCAUAUACGUCAGGUGUCUGAAGAUCAAAUUUCGCGCUUCUGGAGUUAAAAUUUGGCUCCAACUUUCGAAUUUUCCGGCUGGAGGUAACGUUCCAGUUAUUUCCGAUUUCAAUGAUUCGUAAAUGCGUGAUUAAUAGUGCUUCAAGACGUGGAACAGAUUUUAAGAAACGCUGAGAUGUGCCGACCUAGGUCAGAUUUAGGUCGGCCCUCUUUUGCCGACCUCAGAUUUGACGGUUUUGACUGUUCGAGGGCUGCAAAAUGGAUGCCGACAAAGGAAAAAUUCGCUAGUGGAAACCCGUCUUAAUAGAGGGUAAUAGGGUGCAUAUCCACACCGGGCGAGCUUGAAAAAUAUGCCCGGCCACGGUGGGAUUCGAACCUACGACCUUCGGAAUACUAGCCCAAUGCUCUUCCAACUGAGCUUUCUGUGUUGGAGUUGGUGUUCUUGUCUUACUCGAACCGUCCUGACCGCGUAGCUCAGUUGGAAGAGCAUUGGGCUAGUAUUCCGAAGGUCGUAGGUUCGAAUCCCACCGCGGCCGGGCAUAUUUUUCAAGCUCGCCUGGUGUGGAUAUGCACUCAGAGUAACAUCGCAAACAUAUUAUUCACCUGAGUACACAACACCAACACAGAAAAAAAAAUCAUAUUACUAGAACACAUUGGUAUUGAAGGAACUAGAUACUGUUCCGAAAUAUCACUUAGUCGAACCGUCCUGACCGCGUAGCUCAGUUGGAAGAGCAUUGGGCUAGUAUUCCAAAGGUCGUAGGUUCGAAUCCCACCGUGGCCGGGCAUACUUUUUAAGCUCGCCCGGUGUGGAUAUGCACUCAGAGUAACAUCGCAAACAUAUUAAAGAACUUUUCGCCAAACUUUUCAAUAUUUUUCUCGUUAAGCGAGCUGUUUCUGAAACCAAUCGAGUAUCAUUUAAACCAGAUGACGAAAGAGGUCACAACAGGAAAACCUUCGCUACUGAUCAUUCCACAAGAAAAUACCUUCAAUAUUCCUUAUGCAGCAUUACGAUUGAAGAAUGGGAAAUAUCUUUGCGACCAAGUGACCUUACUUGAGGCAUUCUCUUUCAAUUCUUUCAUUCACUCCACCAGACGAAUGCAGUCCGCCAGAGAAGACGGCGAUCGAAUGACGGAAUCACUUAUCGUCGGCAACCCAUCCAAUGACCUCCCUGAACUGCCAUGUGCUCAACAAGAAGCAGAAAUGAUUGCUGGACUGCUUGGUGUCACCCCACUGAUCGGACAUUUGGCGACACGUAGCGAAGUAGUAUGUCGCCUUCCGUCAGCACCAAUAAUUCAUUUUGCUUGCCAUGGUAGUAUUGAUGGACAAUGCUUGUUUUUGGCGCCGGAAAAGGAACGGUAAGCAGUCUAAAUAUUACUUUAAUUUAACCCAUAGUAAUUGUUUAACCAAUAUUUGGGAGACCAUGAACGGUGUUAUAAGUCGAAGACCAAAGUUAUGGCAUUGAAAAACUUGUGAUAAUAAACGAUUUACAACUUUUCCAUAGGUUACUAGUUUCUUGGGAUAUUUAUAUUUUUAUAUAUGUAUGAUAUGCAAUAGGAUUUAUUGAAAAAUGAUGCAUGUGUCUCUGAGAGACAUAUUUGGAACCCCAAUUGUACAUUCACGAUAAUCUGAAAGAUAAUCGAUAAUCUGGAAGAUACACGUUUUAGAACUCGUCAAGCAGUAUGAUCUAAUAGUAAUAAUUAAUAUGGGUGUGUAGUUAGUAUAGGUGUCGCGAUUAAUUGUUCGGACUUUAUGUGGUCAUGAAUAUGGGCUACGAGAAACGUUACAUUGUGUAUCUCCUCUAAUUCUAUCAGGGUAACUGAUGCAACUAAGAAACCAAGCUGUCUUACGGUUGAAGACGUCUCCAAACUAAACGUUACUGCAGACAUAGUCGUCCUUAGUGCUUGCCACACUGCCUGUGGAAAUAUCAGCAGCGAAGGAGUUGUUGGAUUGGCAAGAGAAUUUCUGAUGGCUGGUGCAAAGUCUGUGGUUACAGCUCUGUGGGCCAUUCCUGACAGUGCGACUAUGAUGUUCAUGAAGAAAUUUUACAGAAAUCUCCGUGCAAUGCGUGUUGGUGAUGCCUUGUCUACAACCAUGUGUCAGAUGCAAGAGGAAGAAUUUUUCAAACAUGUCAUCCAAUGGGGCUCGUUCAAGGUUCUUGGCGCAAAUGUGAAAGUAUCAUUUCCCAAGUAGAAAAAUGAACGUUUCUAAUUAGCAUUGAGACAACGAAGCCAAGUUGUCUAUGAGCGAAUACGGCAAAACUGAGUUUAUAUACUAUUCGCUCCGAG